AUGGAAGUAGGUUGGCUGUUGAUUUUCUUUGUUGUAGCAACUUUGGCUAAUUGGAGCGAUGGCAAGAAAACAAGAAAGACGUUGAAACCGACUUCAGGGUACCUUAAAUGUCCAAAUAAUGUGUCAUUGAAGGGAAAACAAAAGUUGGUAGGUGUUUCUGAAAAGGGUAGGGUAGGGUAGGGUAGGACGGCCCCAAAGUCUGGGUAGGCCUGGUCUUUUGUUGAACUAGUCUAACGCUUUUUAUCAAUAUUAAUCCAUACCAACUUCAGAUCUUCUUUGUGUCGGAGAAGGUAACCUCAGAAGAUUGUUGGUUUGACUGUGAAGAAUAUUUUGAAAAAGUUGUCGAAAUGGACUACCUCAACUUGACCAACGGUCGCUAUCGUUUUGAUUACUAUGGUUUUGAUAACAGAGCUACCCACAGAAUUGUGUCCGUGUAAGUUUGAAAGCGCAAUACUACAUACUUCUGGCGAUGCAUCGCGAUGGGCCAUUUUUGACAUUUAAAAAAAAAUUAUGAACUUUUGAAACGAAAAAUUUAAAAAAUCAAAAAUAAAAAUUGGUUGCAGAACAUACAAAUGCAACGAGAAGGAUGGAUGUUACAAACUCACUUUUAUUGACGAAACGGGUCGUCUUGAUCACUAUAACAUCACUUUGCAUGGUGGACAAAGGCUGAAGUACAGCAACUUGAAGAGAACACAAUGUUCUCACGAGAAGUACGAUCCAAACAAGAAUGAGUAUAUUUGGAAAAGGGAUAAGAAACACAGUAAAAAUUGA